CCAUCUUUCCUUGUGGUCUCACUCAACAAAAAAAUCAAAGACCAUGGAAGAGCUAAAGCCAAACGCAGCAAACUCACAACCCUUAACUCCCUUAACCUUCCUCGAGAGAGCAUCCACAGUGUACGGAGACUCCACCUCCAUCAUCUACAACACCUCCACCACCUACACGUGGCGCGAAACCAAUCUCCGCUGCCUCCGCGUCGCGUCCUCUCUCUCUUCCCUCGGAAUCAAAAGAUCCGACGUCGUCUCCGUCCUCUCCGCCAACACUCCGGCCAUGUACGAGCUCCAGUUCGCCGUCCCGAUGGCCGGAGCCAUCCUCAACAACGUCAACACUCGCCUCGACGCCGCCACCGUCUCCGUCCUCCUCCGCCACUGCGAAGCUAAGCUCCUCUUCGUCGACGUGGUCUACUCCCACCUCGCCGUCGAAGCGGUGGAGAAACUCGAAAAACCGCCCAUCCUCGUCCUCAUCGAGGAGGACGAGGAGGAGGCGGGAGAAGAUGGUGCUGACGUGGCAGACGUUUCGAAAUUCUGUUAUUCGUAUAAUGUUUUAGUGGAAACAGGGGAUCCGGGUUUUAAAUGGAUCCGACCCGAGAGCGAGUGGGAUCCGAUUGUGAUUAACUACACUUCCGGAACGACGUCGUCUCCGAAAGGAGUGGUUCACUGUCACAGGGGUAUUUUCGUAAUGUCGUUAGAUUCAUUAAUCGACUGGACCGUACCGAAGAAUCCGGUUUACUUAUGGACCUUACCGAUAUUCCACGCGAACGGUUGGUGUUACCCGUGGGGAAUAGCAGCCGUUGGAGGGACUAACGUCUGUUUACGUAAGUUCCAAGCUCCGUUAAUCCACCGUUUGAUCCGUGAUCACGGCGUUACUCACAUGUGCGGCGCGCCCGUGGUUCUCAACAUGUUAACGUCUAGUGAGGUCCAGGAGCGUCUUAAAAGUCCGGUUCAUUUCUUAACCGCCGGUUCAUCACCGCCGGUUAAGGUCCUCCUAAGGGCGGAGUCUCUCGGUUUCGUUGUCAGCCACGGUUACGGGCUAACGGAAGUAGCCGGCGUGGUGGUGUCAUGCGCGUGGAAGCUAGAAUGGAACCGUUUACCGGCGAGUGAACGUGCGAGGUUGAAGGGGAGACAAGGAGUGAGAACGGUCGGGUUUACGGAGAUAGACGUGGUGGAGACCGGUUCGGGUCGGAGUGUGGAGAGAGAUGGGGUGACUAUGGGGGAGAUAGUUAUGAGAGGGAGUUCGGUUAUGCUCGGUUACUUUAAAGAUCCUGUCGGAACGAGGAAGAGUUUAAAGAACGGGUGGUUUUUCACGGGGGACGUUGGUGUGAUGCAUGGAGAUGGGUAUCUUGAGAUUAAAGAUAGGUUGAAAGAUGUUAUUAUUACGGGUGGAGAGAAUGUGAGUAGUGUGGAGGUGGAGGCGGUUUUGUAUACGAAUCCGGUGGUGAAUGAAGUGGCUGUGGUGGCUAGAGGGGAUGAGUAUUGGGGAGAGACGCCGUGUGCUUUUGUGAGUUUGAGAGAUGGGUUGAGGAGGAAAGUUACGGAGGAGGAGGUUAUAGAGUAUUGUAGGGAGAAGAUGCCACGUUAUAUGGUGCCUAAAACGGUUGUGUUUCUUGAUGAGUUGCCUAAGACAUCUACUGGGAAGAUUCCUAAGUUUUUGCUUAAGGAGAUUGCUAGUAAAAUGGGUUCCACGAGGUUAAGUCGGUUGUGAGAAAUAUACUAUUGUUUGAUUUAGUAAUUGGUUAUGGAUUGAAGUGUAAGAUUGAUGGCUUAGACUGGUGCAUGAGUGUGUGCUUUGUGUCAUCUUCAAGUUCUAUUGAUUGUGAAAGCUAUUUAAGUUUAUGGGUUCAAUUUGAUGCCAAUAUUGUGUGGUGAUACCUUUUCUCCUUAAUAAAGUUUUUCAUGUUUUUGUGUAUUCAGCUCUGUUACAUUGUAGAUUUUUGAGUAUUG